CGGCUGUGGAAUCUAUGUAACGGCUGUGAAUCUGUAUAUGUACAAAUGCGAUACGCGCUGUCGGCCUCUGCACAGCACGGAGUUGAUUGACUGCGGACUUGCAAGUGGGUUGUCAAGCACGUACAGCCUCGCAGCUACGCAAACACUUGAUGGAGGAAUUGUGUCAGUCACACUGGUCACACACCACCCUCCAUUCCAUCCUUUACGACGUCGACAGCCACCUAUGCGGCUUCAAAGGACGUUUUGGCUCUUUGCGGCCGCCACCGUCGCGAGCGGGCAACUGACGAUUCCUUCACUCACCGCUGUCUCCGCUUCAGCGCCCGCGGCAUCGUCAGCCGCCGCAGCAGCUCCGUCUGUCUCAACGCCCUCUACGACGGCGGCUGCAUCCACGCCCGCUGCCCCAUCCGUGACAACGCCGACUACUACUUCUACCACCUCGGCGAGCUCUGCACCCGCAGCUGUCUCUACUCCAGCAGCUCCAGUCACUUCUCCCACAACAACAACAACAACCCCGAUAUCGACUCCGACGACACCGACAACCCAGUCCCCACUACCUCCUACGACUAUUGUCUCUCAGUCAGUCACAGUGGACAAUGGCGUGACCAUUACGAUUGAUGUCACGACGACGAGCACACCAGUUGCGUCCGUCACGAGCGCUUCCCCCUCGCCAUCGAAUUCGAGUGCAGCCGCCUCCGACAGUUCCAGUGGGCUCAGUACCGGAGGGAUAGUGGGCUUGGCGGUGGCAGGAGGUACUGCGCUCCUUUGUCUCGUCGGCUUUCUCAUCUGGAAAUUCGGGCGCAAGAACCACAACGAGUUUGAUGACGGAGAAAACAUCAAAUGGCCCGAGCUCAAUUCGCACAGCGCUGCGGGUGCUGACAGUCAUCCACUCCCGGUCACGGAGACGGGACGGACCGGAUUCGGCGGCGACGGCGAGCUUUCACGUGCUCCGUCUACGACCUACGGAGACUCGACAGCCGACUUGCACACAGAUCCAUACGCGGUCCCUGCACUUCCACGCAACGAUCCGAACAAUCAGCCAUACCACGAUGACCCGAAUGCGAUGAACGCGUACUAUGACCCAUAUCGCGGUCCGGUGCCCCAAACGUUUAAUGACGCCAAUGGUCCGGCACCCGCGGAGUGGGGUCAGUCUGAGGCGAUCCCAAUGACCCAAAUGGCUGGACGCGCGUCCCCGGGUCCCCAGUCGCUGUACGGUGGUCGCGCGUCUCCUGGGCCCCAAGCGGCGUAUGGCGGGCGCGCAUCGCCUGGACCGCAGAUGGCAUACGGUGGGCGCGCGUCGCCGGGCCCCCAAUCAGCCUACGGCGGCGGUCGCGCAUCGCCGGGCCCACAGGCUGCGUUUGGCGCCGGUGACCGAGCCUCGCCCGCUCCGCAGGCGGCAUAUGGGGGCGGACGGGCUUCUCCCGGGCCGCAGGCGGCUUACGGGGGAGGGAUCUAGGUACUUCGAUUGCAGCAUCCGUGGACAUUUAUCACCUUGGUUGCAUCGGCUCAUGGCAUGUUUCUCCACAUAUCACACGCAAUACAUACCAAAGCACUGGCAUCUACCUUCCUAAUCUCGUUUUCGUCGCUUUGAUACAUGAUUUAUUCUCUAUGCAGCGCAUGCGCAGGAGUGUAGGAACAGGUCACGAAUAGAUCGUCUUAUCUGGACGAGGUCUCAGGCUAGCGCGACCCUGGGCACGCCCAUGGUCCACGGAAAGUCUAGAAAGCUAACGACCUGUCAUUCAUUACGUGGCAUAAGCUUUUUUCUCUUCAAAUCAACCACGCGGACGACGAAGCACUUUGCCGCGUUAGGCUCGCACUGUUCAGUCUGCGAGGCUGGUGGGACGAAAGCUUCCAUUUUGGGGCAGAAGAGGCUUGUGGGAAGGUCGAAGAAGACAGGAGGCAACGAGCGUUUCGAAAGGGGGUUAGGAUUUCAUAGAUCAGUCACCCCGUUCACACCUCGAAGGCGUUUACUUAGUUGUUGCUCGCGAUAUAUAACGAACGAUGUCGUCGCCUUUCAUCUCGUGUCUCUGCCGCUGUCCGUGCGACUGCCCCCAUGUCUCCUUUCCUCGCCCCGCGAUUCGCGCACCCGGCCCCGCCUCCGCACACCGGCUCCAAUUAUCUGCUCAGCAGCGCUGUCGGCGCUCAAACGAGUGACCGCUCUUCGACGUUGGCCUAUCACAGCGCAUCUGCGCCUCUUUCGACCGCCUUCGCGGACGGAUCCUCAACACUCCACGCAAAUCCACUCGAGCAACUGCGUCCACUACCCCCAGCCGGGCCCUUGCCCGAGUCGCGAUAUGUUCCGGCGAGUGGGUCACCAUCGCUGCUCCUACUCUCCUCCCGGGGUGCGAAUGAACCCGCGAGAUAUGGCACGAGCGCCACCGGGACAAUCUCGGCAACUGGCCCGUCCGGAUUCAAUAUGGGGAUCCCUCCACCAAAGCAGGGCGGCCCUUCUUGGGACCGUGGUGCUCGCGACCGACUAACGGCAGCAGCGGGGGGUAGUGGGAUCGGAUACGAUGCCGGGCGUACUCCGGCCGAGGCUCUCUCCGACGGGGGCCUGUAUUCGCAUCGAUUACGAUAUGGACCUACGACGGGACUACCCGCUUCGCUGCCUGGGCCACCCGGCCCUUCUCAGCAGCCACCACACUCUUCUUCGGACCCAGGGGCCGGAGCCGGUGUGUUUAAAAGCAGCACAACGGAGGAUGUACUAGCGAGCGGGCCUCUGCUUGUUUCGCCUACCCCACACGUCCCACGCGCGUCUGAGAUGGCGAUCCUGCUCAACCACGGCGCCGGCACCACACACGAAUACCGCGACGAAGACCAUGAGCUGCGCAUGCCGGUUGCCCACGCCGUACUUUACCCCGAUGUCAGCGAGCCAUUCGUCGACGACGACCUGGACGAUGGCUUCCUGUCCCGUGAGAAGAAGCAUGGCUGCACGAUGUGCCAUAAACGGUUUGUUUUUACAGCAAGCCGUAUCCUGCGCCGUUCCUGAGCCAGUCCCUCAGAUUCGAUCGGCCUAGCACUCUCAAGAAGGCACGUCGUCGGCUCAUCCCAUUUGAGCCAACUAACCCUCCCUGCAGCAUCUACUGGUCCAUACUGGCGAAAAAGCCUUCCAAUGCUCGAUCUGUCAGCGCCGUUUCGGCGUCAUGUCGAACUUGAACAGACACAUUCGGCGCUGCUCGCAGAGGGAGGUCCACAGCCAUGGAUCGACGAGGACUGCAGCGCUUGUCGCUGCCGCCGCCGCAGCGACAUUGGCAGCCUCCGACACGGGCAAACGGGGCCGAUCGCCGUCAACCACGGGAAACAGCAGCACCCCCCGCAAACGCCGACGCCGGGCGCCUUCCCCAUCGCGCUGGAUCCCCGCAUCGCUGCGCUCGUUCAACAUCCUACCCCCCGAGUCGAACACGCCUGUCGAGGUGCCGCUGCCGCCGGUGUCACCCGGCCGCAAAUCGGCGAAUGGGAUGGUGUGGGACGAGGAUCGAGAUUCGGAGGAGAACUUUGGGCGCGCGCCGUACUCUUCCGCCGAGUGGGAGAAGCACCGCCGAUUGCCAGGGCCCUGUGCACUUUCUCGCAUCACGCCAACGAACGAACCGCGAAAGCUAAAGCGCAGCCGCACGGUACAAGUCUGAUAAUGUGUAUAAUAUGUUCCGCAAGAAACGGUCGUGAGGCUUUUGCGCGCAGGAUUUUCCCUGAUAGAGCACGAGCUGAUGAAGCAAGAGCAUGUGAGACAUAACAUGCCAGAACGCGAGUUCUCCGCUUUAAUAUCGUGUCGAUCGGGGCGGAACUCCCUCAUUGAAGCGAUUGAAUGGAUGGAGGUCAUCCAGGACAAGUUCCUGGCUCCAGAAACCCGGCCGGCGGAGGAAGAGGGAGAUUUGAGACUCCUGCAGAGUUGGCGCCCGCAAUCGGAUGUGACACAUAGAAGGUCCAAGUUAGUCUACUUUCAUUCGCGCGUGAGUGAGUGCGUGUGGUCGAGGAAGGGAUCAGAUUUAUAAAGCACGUGCAGACCGGCAUUCAAAAUCGACCAACAGGGGGAAUGAGAUUCAACUUGCAGAUCCUCAUCGACGCCGCGGAAGACAAGAGCCUGCCUUCCCGAUGCUGUGCUAUCUCGAUCGGCGGCUCUCACUCCAAUUUGAACAAUAACCGCGACUAUCCCCGAGGUCACCAAGGUCCAUAACAUUCUGUGAGGCCCAGAUGGUGCAUUCUCUUCCCGUUGGGAGCUGGCGCAAGAUCUCGGGUUCAGUCCCUGAAUGUAUGACACGGUUUUGAUUUUUCCUCUUCUGUAAAUCUCCUCUCUGUCACAAACUCCAGCCAGGCCGAAAUCUCGGUCCGGGAAACAUCCCAAAUAAGUGCUCGCUUUCUUCAGUGUCACCCGUCCUGAGUUCGACCACUCAGAAGCGUUUCUUGAACGUUUCUACCGCAGAGACGUUGGCCACUCAUGUCUAGUAGGAGACGCAGGCUUUCUCCUUACCUGUCCAGUUGUGCUCGACGUCUUCCUCCUGCGAAUAUUGAUAGGGGCUUCAUGAAACUGUUUGGUUGACGAGUCUCCCCCGAUGCUAUUUAUCCUGGAAAGGCGUAGUGUCCCUCCGGCCCUCUUGCUGGCCUAUCAACGUCUGAAGAACCGCGUCCACUACCGGCAUCUCUUCCUUGCAAGUGACACCGUCAACUGCGGCGAUCAACAUUCAGGGUUCCUAUGACAAGUGCCUUGGAUCCUUGCUAGUCGGGCGAAGACAUUGGGAUUCAGAUUUUCUCGGGCACUUGCUCUCACGCGUGACGUAGACUGACUGAUGGUGGGCUGCAUAUUCCCAUCCAUUUCCACGGGGUCUCAAGCUCCUAGUCGUUGUUCUAUUGCUUGCGAGCGCCCUGGUAUAGUCCAACUAUUUGUGGAACAUCUCGCCCAUGUUGAACAGUCAAUUUGAACGAGCCCAACGUUGCAUGAACGCUCGGUGCCAGAACCCGGGGACAUCGCUUGAAACUCAAGUGCGGCCAUUAGUCUGUGACUCACUCGACUUGGCCUACGUAACAUUUGAAUUGCAAGACCACCAGGAGGGACCGUGGCAGCUGAAGCGUCGGAUGGAUUGGAAUUUUGGAUCGAGCUACGAGCAUUCCCGUUGGCACCACCGUGGAUGUGCCCAUUGUGGCCACGUAUGCAGACUCGGUUCCGUGACGUUACCGAUCCCGGUCUGAUAAUACGAGAUCCCAGCGAAUAAGUAGAAGAUCGUCGACUGGAGGAAUUUCUCGUUGUUCGAAAGAGAGGGUUGAGGGUUCCAAGUCAUCAGAGUCUACCAUUUCGCAUUUCCUUCAGAGCUGCUCCCGUAUGAAACCGUAGCUUCGGUUAUUUUUGUGGCAGCCAAUUCAUCAAUUCCCCGCCUCGAGAGCAAUGCUCGAGUCGCAGGUCUACCGUUUCGAUCGAGCUACCGGAACUCUCACAUGAAUUCAUGAAUCACUGCGACGGGUAUUUUUGCGGGGACUGCCUCUUCAGAAUCCCUCCGCUGCGCUUUCUCGAUGCUCUUCUCCUGCACCAGUGCUGAAUCGUGACACGAUCAUCAGCACAUCGUUAAAGCCGUCAGGUCUAUUAGGUCCCUAUUUUUUGCUGAGUGUAGAUGCCACCAGGCACCUCGAAGCCGUGUGACGCCUGAGACUUUGUCCAGCUAGCUCUUUUUUGUUGGGCUCAUCCCCAGCUGUGCAUCUCUCGAGUUGGCUGAACCUGCAUAGCAAAAAUUCGCGUGACAUAUAAUACUGCUAUCGAUUAGUUUAAUGGGGAUUCAAACAGAGAGAGACGAAGAAUAAGAGUUGCCCGGCGUGGCGAAGCUGUCAGGGCUGAGGGGGGAGAAAGGCAGAGAGGUAGAUUCAGUGUUGAAAUGGCAUUCGAAUGUGGACAUGACACAUCUCGUUAUCUUUGAACGAUUCCAGUUUAUUA